GUUCCCAGGCGGACACAUUUGUUGCACGGACGUAUACUUCCUGUUUAGCGCCGAAACAUCAACGUGGGUACUGUACCCCUCGCCGCUGUGUUAUGAGUAUUCACAACCUUGUUAAGCUUCCAACAUGCAGGUUUCUAGUGUAAAUGAUGUGAAAAUUUACAAUUUGAGCCAUGGGAAGUGUCUACCAGAGUGGUUGUCAGACCGCAAGAAGAGACAACUGCAAAAGAAAGAUGUUGACAUCCAGCGGAGGAUUGAGCUUAUCCAGGACUUUGAGAUGCCCACCGUGUGCACCUCUAUUAAGGUGUCUCGAGAUGGGCAGUUCAUCCUUGCAGCUGGCACGUACAAGCCCAGGUUUCGAUGUUAUGACACCUACCAGCUGUCACUGAAGUUUGAACGUUGCCUGGAUUCAGACAUUGUGGCCUUCGACAUAUUGUCUGAUGACUAUUCAAAGCUUGUGUUCCUACUCUCUGAUCGAUAUGUGGAGUUUCAUUCCCAGUAUGGUUACUACUACAAAACCAGAAUUCCAAAGUUUGGACGGGACUUUUCUUACCAUUACCCCUCGUGUGAUCUUUAUUUUGUGGGAUCUAGUUCAGAGAUCUACAGACUGAAUCUUGAACAGGGUCGUUUCCUCAACUCAUUUCAGACAGAUGCAAUAGAGCACAAUGUGUGCGACAUUAACCCUGUCCAUCAUUUGUUUGCCAGUGGAACCUCUGAGGGAAGGGUGGAAUGCUGGGACCCUCGUGUCAGGAAACGAGUGGGUCUUCUCGAUUGUGCCCUAAGCAGCCUCAGAGAAGGAAUGCAAAUUCUCAGUUUGCCCUCUAUAACUGCACUGAAGUUUAACGGCCCUCUCUCCAUAGCAGUGGGGACCAGUACUGGACAGGUGCUGUUGUAUGACCUGCGAUCCAACCAACCGCUGCUCGUGAAAGACCACUUCUACAACCUCCCAAUUAAAUCGCUCAAUUUCCACAACGAGAUGGACCUGGUUGUGUCAGCGGACGCCAAAAUAAUAAAAAUGUGGAACAAAGACAAUGGCAAAGUGUUCUCUUCCAUCCAGACUGAAAGCAACAUUAAUGAUGUGUGCAUAUAUCCCAACUCAGGUAUGAUGUUCACUGCCAAUGAAGAUCCAAAGAUGAACACAUUCUACAUUCCGGCUCUAGGCCCGGCACCUCGCUGGUGCUCCUUCCUUGACAGCCUCACCGAAGAGCUGGAAGAAAGCCCUGAGUGCACUGUGUAUGACGACUACAAGUUUGUCACCCGCAAGGACCUGGAAACUUUGGGUUUGUCUCAUCUGGUUGGGUCGUCCCUACUGAGAGCGUACAUGCAUGGCUAUUUCAUGGACAUCAGGCUCUACCAUAAGGUCAAAAGCUUGGCAAAUCCUUUUGCAUUUGAGGAGUACCGCAAAGAUAAGAUCCGGCAAAAGAUCGAGGAGACCAGGACUCAGAGAGUACAAGUUAAGACGCUGCCCAAAGUCAACAAGGAGUUGGCUCUCAAGUUGAUGGAGGAGGGAGACGAUGAAGUUGAUCUGGCGUCCAGGAAAAAGAAGGGCAAGGCCCUUCCCACCAUUCUGGGCGACAACCGCUUCAAGGUGAUGUUUGAAAAUCCAGACUACCAGGUGGACGAGCAGAGUGAGGAGUUCCGCCUGCUUAAUCCCAUCGUCUCCAAAGUCAGCCAGAAGAGGAAGAAGAAGCUACACCUGCUAGCUAAACAAGAUGCUGCUUCUCAGGAGGAAGAGGAAGAAGAGGAAGGUCGGGCUAGCUCUGAGGAAAGCUCAGAUGACGACAAGAGCUGGGUGGAGGAAGUGAGGGAGCAACGUCGACUACUGCACGAAGAGGGGCGAGAUAGGAGGCGGCAGGAGAGGAAGGUCGCUGACCGCAACACCAUCCUGCUGGACAGCAAGCGCAGUGGAGGAGAUGAAACCUCCAUCACAGCUGAGAACAUAAAAAACAAUCAGCCUCAGUUCUAUCAGAUCAAAAGCGGGGAGGAGUUCCGCAGCUUUAAAGACGUGGCCCACAAGCAGAAACUACAGAAGGCGUCCUUGGAGGAGCGUCUGAAAUUAGAGCACUCUGAAACCAACAACUUGGCUGACACUUCAGUGGGCAGCAAGCAACUAACCUUUACUCUUAAAAAGUCUGAGCAGCAGAAGAAGCAGCAACAGGCAGAGCGGGACCACCACGAGGAGAGAAAGAAGCUCCGCCGCUCAGCUGGACACCUGAGCAGCGCUCGAGGUAGGGGUCGUGCCGGCAGCAGAGGAAGAGGAAGGCACUAAGGAGGGGAAGCCCAGUCUACAAAUGUCCCAAGUCAGUCACACCAUUUAAGCACAUAUCUAAAAUGGCAGAAUGUUGUUUUUAAACCCAGGGAAUUUGUAGAGGCUAUCUGCUUAAGAUUGCCUAUGUCGAGACUGUGUACAUGCUUUGAAAAGUCUUUAUCCAAAACACCUCUAGUACAUUAAAUGUACACUGUAUAUAUUUUAGCUGUGAUUAGACCUGCGGUUUACACUUUCACGCCAUGAAUAGGGUAAAAGAUGUACCACUGUAUGUUGUGAUACCAACUCUUACUAAAAUGUUUGAUAAAACAUGUCUCAGCUAUGUUUUUAUUGCCAAAGAGGUAAAAUUCUAAAACCUUCUCUCCCUGUGAGAAUAUUCUUGCUUCUUCCCUAUGCAAACUAAAGCUGCCAUCCUUUGUUGCAGUUAAGCACCUACUUGCGUCAGCAGUGAAAGAAAGGGAGGGGGAGAAAUGUGAGAGUUUUUUUUCCUUUUCCAUGGCCAACAACUGCAGUUCUUAGAAAUGGGACAGCCGAGGUGUCCUUCCCCCGCUUCUGCCGCAUAUUAGCUGGAUGGCGCCAACCCCCUACUUUAUCAACAUUGUCCAUUUUCAAAAUGUGAGGGAGGGAGGUUUCAUUUGAGUGUUCUUGUAGCCCCCAGUUUAUGUCAGAUAACAAUGCUUUUGCAUAUUAGCAUGUAAGCCAUACAGGAUGGAUAUAUUUUGCAAAAGUACCAUGCUAUGCAUUUGUCAUUUGAACUAUUACUUUUCUAAGCAAACAAAACCGACUGAAACGUAACUUCAACACAAUUAUCUUUUAGUAAUACACUCAAGUGGAAUUCUUUAGAAAGGAGAUGAAAGUGAACUCAUCCAACAGAUAUGAUUAUAACACAUUUGAACAAAGCUGGCGUGUAGAAGGCGGCUCCGGUCUGAAGGAAUCUGCUCCCGCAUACCGCGACCACCACUUCCCUGAAGACAGCAGGAACUUCACUCGGGGACAGAAAAUACCGUCGGUAUGAAUCUCCGCGCUACGUGCACCGUUCUCAUGGAUAGGCUGGCUCCGCUAGAGGGCCGUGUCUGCCAGCAGAGUAAUCUCGUAACUUUAUAUUUUGCGGACACAUCUGCUAGCGUUUGCUGUAGCUAGCUAACUAACUCCGCUUAUAGCAGUCCUAAGCGGCCUACAAUCAACGGUGAACCGGUUGAGACCUAUAAUAGAUUUAUCCCUUUAUCUAGUCCUACACCCCAGUCUACCGGUCACCACACCUUAAUCAUAGUGGACUCCGUCACCCGAAACAUAAAGCUUAGGAAAAACAGCCACAAUUAAGUGUAUUCCUGGAGCCAGAACACCUGACAUUGAAGCUAAUCUUAGGGAGCUAACUCGCAACAGGCUAAUCGCACCACUAGUUAUGUGAACAUAGUUGUACACGUUGGCUCCAAUGACACUAAGAUGAGACAGUCAGAGAUUACAAAUAGAAACUUAGCCAGGACUUGUGAUCUCGCUAGAAAGAUGUCCAGGCAUCGAGUAAUUGUCUCUGGCCCCCUGCCUGCGAGAGGCAGUAAUGAGAGAUAUAGCAGUUUAGUCUCGCUUAACAAGUGGCUGGCUAGCUUCUGUGGCCAACAGGGACUAACGUUUAUUGAUAAUUGGCCCUCUUUCUGGGACAAACCAGGCUUACUGAUGAGAGACGGCCUUCACCCUAACCAGGAAGGCGCCAUCAUCCUGUCUAGAAACAUAGAUUUCUGUUUGAGUCACACUUGACUAACUUCACUAGAGCAAGCCCGGUCACAGGCAAUUACAGAGUGUGCUAGUCCGGGUGAGGAGUCAGUUAAGCUAGAACUAGCCAGCGUCAGGCUGGAAAAUCCCUGCACAUAGCAAUUAUCUUUGAAUAAUACACAAGUCACAUAAUGUUUUUUCUGCAGUGACUGUGUAAGAAGUGGACAUGCAUUCUACUGAUGUGGCAAAGAUUAUGAUGUGUUCAGUGUAUUGCAGCACCAAGCAAACAAUCUGAAAAUCUCCGUCAUAUCAAUUCCUAGAUAUGGUCGAAAUUAUUUUAAGUGCACUACGCAUAAUAAACGCAACAUUAUUAAUAUUGCUACCAAGAAUAAUUUCAAGAAAUACUCCUCAAAACAGCCCACUACCUAUAAUAUGGGAUUUUUAAACAUAAGAUCAUUGUCUCCCAAAACGUUAUUAGUUAAUGAGGUCAUUAGAGACAACAAUCAAAGUGGCCGUGCGCAACCCUAGGGUCCCUGGUUCAAACCCCACCUAGUACCAACCUCGUCACGUCUGUUGUGUCCUGAGCAAGACACUUCACCCUUGCUCCUGAUGGAUUCUGGUUAGCGCCUUGCAGGGCAGCUCCCUCUAUCAGUGUGUGAAUGUGUGUGUGAAUGGGUAAAUGUGGAAGUAGUGUCAAAGCGCUUUGAGUACCUAGAAGGUAGAAAAGCUGCAUACAAGUACAACACAUUUAUUUAUCAUUGGUCUCAGUGAAACCUGGCUCAAACCAGAUGAUUUUUUUUUCCCUGAAUGAGGCAUCUCCUAAUUAUAUGGAUGGGCAUAUUGCCCAUCCUCUUAAAAUGGGUGGGGAAGUCGCACCAAUAUACAAUGAAAACUUCAACCUUAACACUAACCGAAAUAAUAAAUAUAAAUCGUUUAGGUGCUUACUUUAAGGUCUGUCACACCGCUGCCUCUCUACCUGGCUGUUAUCAACCGCCCCCCAGGGCACUAUUCGAACUUUAUCAGUGAAUUCUCAAAGUUUGUUGCUGAUCUAGUGACGCACGCCGACAAUAUAAUCAUAAUGGGGGACUCUAAUAUCCAUAUGAAGUUAAAGUUAAAGUACCAAUGAUUGUCACAUACACACUAAGUGUGGUGAAAUUUGUCAUCUGCAUUUGACCCAUCCCCUUGAUCACCCCCUGGGAAGUGAGGGGAGCAGUGGGCAGCAACGGUGCCGUACCUGGGAAUCGUUUAUGGUGAUUUAACCCCCAAUUCCAACCCUUGAUGCUGAGUGGCAAGCAGGGAGGCAAUGGGUCCCAUUUUUAUAGUCUUUGGUAUGAUCCGGCCAGGGCUUGAACUAACAACCUACUGAUCUCAGGGCGGACACUCUAACCACUAGGCCACUGAGUAGGUGUACCAUCGGACCCUCCGUGCUUGAAGCUCCAGACUAUAAUUGAUAGCUGUGGUCUUACACAGAUAAUAAAUGAACCCACGUAUCUCAACGGUAAUACGAUAGACCUAGUGCUUGUCAGGGGUGUCACCAUCUCCAUAGUUAUGAUACUCCCGUAUACUAAAGUAAUGUCCGAUCAUUACCUUAUUAAAUUUUAAAUUCUGACUCAUUGUCAACAAGCAAUAACUGCUUUGGCAGCCGCAACAUUAAUGCUGCCACAACGAUGACUCUAACUGGCCUAACGCCUUCGGUAAUGGCACCAUUCCCAAAUUAUGUGAGCUCUAUUGAUAACCUCACUAACAACUUUAACGACGCCCUGCGCGAAACCAUUGAUAGUAUAGCACCGCUAAAGCUAAAAAUGGCCCCUAAAAGGCGUACCCCAUGGAUUACAGAAGAAACUAAAGCUCAUAAAUUAUCAUUUAGAAAGCUGGAAUGCAAAUGGCGCGUGACUAAACUUGAGGUUUUCAAUUAAGCAUGGAGUGAUAGUUUAAUAACUUCUAAAUGCAUGCGUAAUUACCUUAGCUAGAGCUAAAUAUUACCCAAUUCUCAUCCACCUCAACAAAAACGCUCCUAAAUAUUGUUUUAGUACAGUAGCAUUGCUAACCCAACAAGGGACUCCUCCCAGUAGCUCCCCUCACUCGGCAGAUGACUUUAUGAAUUUCUUUAAUAAGAAAAUUUAACUCAACGCAUCCCAGCUACAACUGGGUUCUAUUAACACACAUACAACUGUAUAUACGAUGGAUACUGCCAUUCAAAAUAGUCUCUCUUUUUGAUGAAAAUACGUUAUGGGAAUUGCUACGUAGUGUACUGUAUUUUUCGGACUAUAAGUCACAGUUUUUUUCAUAGUUUGGCCGGGGGUGCUACUUAUAUUUAGGAGCGACUUAUGUGUGAAAUUAUUAACACAUUACCGUAAAAUAUCAAAUAAUAUUAUUUAGGUCAUUCACGUAGGAGACUAGACGUAUAAGAUUUCAUCGGAUUUAGCGAUUAGGAGUGACAGAUUAUUUGGUAAACGUAUAGCGUGUUCUAUAUGUUAUAGUUGUUAGAAUGACUCUUAGCAUAAUAUAUUACGUUAACAUACCAGGCACGUUCUCAGUUGGUUAUUUAUGCGUCAUAUAACGUACACUUAUUCAGCCUGUUGUUCACUAUUCUUUAUUUAUUUUAAAUUGCCUUUCAAAUCUCUAUUCUUGGUGUUGGGUUUUAUCAAAUAAAUUUCCCCCAAAAAUGCGACUUAUAUAUGUUUUUUUUUCUUUAUUAUGCAUUUUCGGCAGGUGCAACUUAUACUCCGGAGUGACUUAUAGUCCGAAAAAUACGGUAAAUGUGAUAAAACAAACAACAUGUUUACUUGACCCACUUCCUGGGAAACUUAUCAAGGAGCUUUUUGUAUUAUUAGGUCCAUUAGUGCUAAAUAUUAUAAACUUCUCACUUUUCUCUGGCACUGUUGCCUUAGCAUUCAAAAAAGUGGUUAUUCAUCCUCUGCUCAAAAGACCUAACCUUGAUCCUGACCUCAUGGUAAACUACCGGCCGGUGUCCCACCUUCCAUUAAUUUCGAAAAUCCUCGAAAAAAUUGUUGCACAGCAGCUAAAUGAACACUUAGCGUCUAACAAUCUAUGUGAAACCUUAAAAUCCAGUCUCAGGGCAAAUCACUCUACAGAGACAGCCCUCGCAAAAAUGACUAAUGAUCUAUUGCUAACGAUGGAUUCUGAUGCAUCAUCAAUGUUGCAGCUUCUCGAUCUUAGCGCUGCUUUCGAUACCGUCGAUCAAAAUAUUUUAUUAGAGCGUAUCAAAACACGAAUUGAUAUGUCAGACUUAGCCUUGUCUUGGUUAACUCUUAUCUUACUGCUAGGUUGCAGUGCGUCUCCCAUAACAAUGUGACAUCAGACUAUGUUAAAGGGGAACAUUAUCACCAGACCUAUGUAAGCGUCAAUAUAUACCUUGAUGGUGCAGAAAAAAGACCAUAUAUUUUUUUAACCGAUUUCCGAACUCUAAAUGGGUGAAUUUUGGCAGAUUAAACAUCUUUCUGUUUAUCACUCAUGUGGUGAUGACGUCAGAACAUGACGUCUCCGAGGUAAUACAGCCGCCAUUUUCAUUUUCAACACAUUACAAACACCGGGUCUCAGCUCUGUUAUUUUCCGUUUUUUCGACUAUUUUUUGGAACUUUGGAGACAUCAUGCCUCCUUGGUGUGUUGUCGGAAGGUGUAACAACACUAACAGGGAGGGAUUCACGUUGCACCACUGGCCCGAAGAUGCGAAAGUGUCUGCCGCCAGACCCCCAUUGAAUGUGCUGGAGUGUCUCCACAUUUUACAUGGCACAGAGAUGUAAGGAUAACCUACAGAUGCAUUUGCAACGAUAAAGUCAACUAAAUCACAUAGGUGAGUUUUGUUGAUGUUGACUUAUGUGUUAAUAAGACAUAUUUGGUAGCGGCGUGACUGCCAUCUAAUCGAUGCUAACAUGCUAUGCUAAUCGAUGCUAACAUGCUAUUUACCGGCGGUGCUAAAGCAGACAUGGCACAAGGAUGUAUGGAUAACCUGCAGAUGCAUUUGCAACUUUAAAGUCAACUAAAUCACAAAGGUGAGUUUUGUUGAUGUUGAUUGCCAGCUAAUCGUUGCUAACAUGCUACACUAAUCGAUGCUAACAUGCUAUUUACCGGUGGUGCUAAAGCAGACAUGGCACAGAGAUGUUUCUUUCCACCCAUAUUUAAUGCGAAAAAAACACUUACCAAUCGACGGAUUUAAGUUGCUCCAGUGUCAAGAGAUGCGAAAGUCCUGAUCUUUUGGUGCGCAGAUUUUACCGGCGAUGCUAACGCAGCUAUUCGCCCAUGCUAUGGCUAUAAAUAGCGUCAAUAGCUAUUCGUUCAAUAGCUUCAAUUUCUUCUUCAAUACUUUCAUACUCCAACCAUCCGUUUCAAUACAUGCGUAAUCUGUUGAAUCGCUUAAACCGCUGAAAUCCGAGUCUGAAUCCGAGCUAAUGUCGCUAUAUCUUGCUGUGGUAUCUGCCAUUGUUUGUUUACAUUGGCAGCACUGUAUGACGUCACAGGGAAAUGGAUGGUCGCAUCGCAAAUAGCGAAAAUCAUGCACUUUAAAGCUUUUUUUAGAGCUAUUCGGGGACCGGUAAAAUUUUUAAAAACACUUCAAAAAAUACAACAAGCCACUGGGAACUGAUUUUUAUUGUUUUAACCCUUUUGAAAUCGUGAUAAUGUUCUCCUUUAAGAUAACGUGUGGAGUUCUCCAUUGUUCGGUUCUUAGCCCUGCACCCUUAAGGAACUACAUGCUGCCGCUAGGCGACAUCACACGCAAAUACGGUGUUAACUUUCACUGUUAUGCUGAUGACACCCAAAUAUACAUGCCCCUAAAGCUGACCAACACACCGGAUUUUAGUCAGCUGGAGGCGUGUCUUAAUGAAAUUAAACAAUGGAUGUCCGCUAACUUUUUGCAACUCAACGCCAAAAAAACGGAAAUGCUGAUUAUCGGUCCUGCUAGACACCGACCUCUACUUAAUAAUACAACUUUAACAUUUGACAACCAAACAAUUACACAAGGCGACUCAGUAAAGAAUCUGGGUAUUAUUUUCGACCCAACUCUCUCAUUUGAGUCACACAUUAAGAAUGUUUUUAAAACGGCCUUUUUUCAUCUCCGUAAAAUCGCUAAAACGUGUUCCAUUUUGUCCACUAGCGACGCUGAAAUUAUUAUUCAUGUGUUUGUUACGCCUCGUAUUAUUUUCGAGUCUCUCUAUGUCUAGCAUUAAAAGAUUACAGUUGGUACAAAAUGCGGCUGCUAGACUUUUGACAAGAACAAGAAAGUUUGAUCAUAUUACGCCUAUACUGGCUCACCUGCACUGGCUUCCUGUGCACUUAAGAUGUGACUUUCAGGUUUUACUACUUACAUACUACACGGUCUAGCUCCAUCUUAUCUUGCUGGUUGUAUUGUACCAUAUGUCCCGUCAAGAAAUCUGCGUUCAAAGAACUCCGGCUUAUUAGUGAUUCGCCGAGCCCAAAAAAGUCUCCGGACUAUAGAGCAUUUUCUAUUCGGGCUCCAGUGCUUUGGAAUGCCCUCCCGGUAACAGUUAGAGAUGCUACCUCAGUAGAAGCAUUUAAGUCCCAUCUUAAAACUCAUUUGUAUACUCUAGCCUUUAAAUAGACCCCCUUUUUAGACCAGUUGAUCUGCCUUUUGUUUUCUUUUCUCCUCUGCCCCCUUCUUCCUUCUGCAGGGAAGGGGGGGAGGAGGGGGGGCACAGGUCCGGUGGCCAUGGAUGAAGUGCUGGCUGUCCAGAGUCAGGACCCGGGCUGGACCGCUCGCCUGUGCAUCGGUUGGGGACAUCGCUGCGCUGCUGACCCGUCUCCACUAGUUAUGGUCUCCUGCUGGCCUCACUAUGGACUGGAAUCUCACUAUUAUGUUAGAGCCACUAUGGACUGGACUUUCACAAUAUUUUGCUGGACCCACUCGAUGUCCAUUGCAUCUGGUCUCCCCUAGAGGGGGGACGUCACCCACAUCUACGGUCCUCUCCAAGGUUUCUCAUAGUCAAUCACAUUGACAUCCCACUGGGUUGUGAUUUUUUACUUGCCCUUUUGUGGGCUCUGAACUGAGGCUGUAGUUAUGGCUUUGCAGCCCUUUGAGACACUUGUCAUUUAGGGCUAUACAAAUAAAAAUUGAUUGAUUGAUAACGUUA